AUGACUCCCCUCGCUAGCUUCGAAGGAAAGUCGAUUCAUCCGCUCGGGAUCAUAUCAUUAACCACCAGAACUCAUGAUCUGGAACUAAAAACAGAAUUUACCGUAGUCAGUCAUCCUAUUCCUUUCGACGCCAUCAUAGGACGCCCUUGGAUGCACCAGAUGAGGGCGGUCCCCUCGGUUUAUCACCAAUACGUGAAGUUUUUAUCCUCAACCAGCGAGAAAACCAUACUCGGAAGCCAAAAACGAGCCCGAGCCUGUUACAUGUCUGAAUUCCAGAAAAUGUCACAGAGGGAGGAGAAUAUCCAACUCGCACGUGAACUCUCAGUAGAAUACUCCGCCAAAGAUCUAUCGAGCGUCGUCGGCUUAGAAGAGAGCUCCCCCAAAAAGAAACGAAGGAAACUAGGACCCGAACGAGCCAAGGCAGUAAACGACGAAGUGGACAAGCUCCGGAAAAUCGGUUCUAUUCGCGAAGUCCAAUACCCAGACUGGCUCGCAAACCCAGUCGUGGUGACAAAGAAAAAUGGAAAAUGGAGAGUGUGCAUCGAUUUCACCGACCUCAACAAAGCAUGCUCAAAAGAUAGUUUUCCGUUACCGCAUAUUGACCGGCUGGUAGAAGCCACGGCCGGUCAUGAUUUGCUUUUGUUCAUGGAUGCAUUUUCUGGUUACAAUCAGAUCCUCAUGAAUCAUGACGACCAGGAAAAAACUACCUUCAUCACCGAGCGGGUACCUAUUGCUACAAAGUAA